UAACGCGUGUCCCCUGUAGGUGGAAUUUCCCAAACAAAAAUAAAGGCCGACCGCCUUCAACGUCUUAUCUUGGCGGUUGUUUAAUCCGCGGCAACCCGUUUACGCACCCGCUUCGGUUGACGUAGAAGUGCUCCAAACGCGCCGGACUUGUAUAAAGUACCUCCGGAGCGGUCCUGCACCGUGUAGAUCGUCGGCAGCACCAGCGUUAGCAAGAUGAAAACGUUCAGCGUGGUAGCCCUGUUGGUGUUGGCAGUGGCCGCGGCGAGCGGCGAGUGGAUCGACAUCGAUUGGUCGCAGGUGAAACCGAUCCAGGAGUUUGACCAUUACUGGCAGCGUUUGCCGGCGGAACUGCAGAUUCUACGCCACGCCCGCCCAUCGCAGCGCAUCGUGAACGGUGAGGAAGCGGUCCCGGGUCAGUUCCCGUACCAGAUUGCGCUGUUGAGUAACUUUGCUGCCGGUGGUGGCCUUUGCGGUGGUACCGUGAUCACCAACAGCUACAUCCUGACCGCGGCUCACUGCGUGGUCGAUGGCAGUGGUGCCGUGGCCGUGGACGGUACGGCGAUUCUCGGUGCGCACAAUCGCGUCACGAACGAGCCGACGCAGCAGCGCAUUGGAUUCGUGCAGGCCGGUGUGUUUGUCCAUCCGAGCUACAACCCGACGCUGAUCCGUAACGACAUCGCCACGGUGCGUCUGAACACUCCGGCCGUCUUUAAUGAUCGCGUGCAGCCGGUCGCACUGCCGGCACGCUCCGACAGCCGCACGUUCGCCGGCAUGAUUGGUACGGCUUCUGGAUUCGGGCGCACGUCGGACGCGCUGCCCGGUGCGUCGGAUGUGCUGAUGUUCACGAACAACCCGGUCAUGACGAAUGCCGCCUGUGUCAGCGCGUGGAACAUCAUUUUCGUGCAGGACCAGAACGUGUGCCUGGAUGCUACCGGGGGCCGUUCGCCGUGCAACGGUGACUCGGGCGGUCCACUCACGGUGCAGGACGGUGGCAACAGUCUGGAGAUCGGUAUUGCCUCGUUCGUGUCGGCCCAGGGUUGCGCCUCGGGCAUGCCGUCCGUGUGGGUGCGGGUGUCCUUCUACCGGGACUUUAUCGAGCAGAACUCGGACUACGUGUUCGGUGCUUAGGAUGUAAGAGUGUGUAAAUAUAAACAAGUGGGUCGUCUGUUUUCAUAGCA